AUGUCUCACAACUCCAUGAUCUACCUGCUUGUCGUCUUCCUCAUCUUGAUCUCAACAAUCACCGUCGACGCGGCGAAAAAGGAGUGCUCCGGUGGUUGUGAAGAGGAUGUUCCAGUCGACUUGGGACUCGUUCUUCCACCGGAACUCUACGAGUCAACUCGUCUCGCUAAUCUUCUCGCGAGACCAUCUUCUCAGUUCAAAAUGAAACGAGACUACGACUUCGUUCGAUUCGGAAGAUCUGCUCCCAUCAAAAAGGCAUCGUACGACUACAUUCGUUUCGGGCGAAAAUGA